AUGUCUAACACAGUUACCACAACUAGUACAACUACUACCACUGAAACUACUACUGCCGUUCCUAAUCCACUCAAUACUGGAGAUAAUGCUUGGAUGAUGACAUCAACAGCAUUAGUUUUAAUGAUGACUCCAGCUUUAGCAAUUUUCUAUGCUGGUUUAGUUCAUAGAAAAAAUGUCUUAAAUCAAUUAUUUUUAGCAUUUGUUUGUAUGGGAGUUAUUUUUGUUCAAUGGGUAUUAUUUGGUUUUUCAUUUGCAUUCGGUGAUCCAAUUAGUGUUGGAUUUGGAUCAUUUGAUGACGCGGCAUUACGUUUUAAUGGUGAUCGAUUUGAUCCAUUUUAUUGUGCAACUUUUCCAUUAUUAACUUAUGCUGCAUAUCAAGGUACAUUUGCUAUCGUUACAUGUGCAAUAAUAUCUGGAUCAAUUGUCGGUAGAAUUCGGUUGAUUCCUUAUAUAAUAUUUAUAUUCGUUUGGAGUACAGUAUGUUAUGAUCCAAUGGCUCAUUGGGUUUGGGGUUCGAAUGGUUGGUUAAGAACUUAUGGAACAUUAGAUUUUGCUGGUGGAACUGUUGUUCAUAUUCUAUCAGGAGUUUCGGGUAUUACUGCUGCAGUUAUUAUUGGAAAACGACAUGAUUAUGAAUAUCGCCCAAAUACUGCUCAUAACCUUCCAUUAACAGUAUUAGGCAGUGGUCUUUUGUGGGUAGGUUGGAUUGGUUUCAACGCUGGUUCAGCUGUUGCAGCAAAUGGUUUAGCAUCACUUGCUUUGGUAAAUACAAAUGCAGCUGCAGCCUCUGGCUUGUUAACAUGGAUCUUUUUAGAUCUUAUUCGUGGUCGAGUAUCUAUAUCAGGCGCUUGUUGUGGUCCCUUAAUUGGUUUGGUUGCAGUAACACCAGCAUCUGGUUUUAUUCAGCCUGGUUGGGCUCUUCUUUUUGGAAUAAUACCAACACUUCUUAUUUAUAUUGCUAUUCUCUAUAAACAUAACAUUGGAAUAGAUGACACACUUGAUGUUGGUAUUAUGCAUGGUGGAGGUGGUAUCAUAGGUGCAUUCAUGACAGGAUUAUUUAGUCAACGAUCAUUUAAUUCAAUAAAUGGUGCUGAUGGUGCUUUCUAUGGUAAUCCAAUUCAAAUGUGGUAUCAACUUGCUGGAAUUCUUACUGCAAUUGGUUUUAGUUGUGCAUGUACAAUAGGGAUUCUAUUACCUUUAAAAUGGACAAUUGGUAUUCGUAUUUCAGUUCAAGAUGAGAUAGUUGGUCUCGACUGGGCAGUUCAUGGUGAAAGAUGGGAAGUUGUGGGAAACGAGAAUAAAACAACUAAAACGACUCCAACGAGAAUAAAACUUCCUGAUGAUAGUAUUCCAAGACGACGUCAAAGAACUUUAGCUAGUAGUCGAUCUCGAUCACGAGCAAUAAGACGUCGAAAUCAACCUGGUUUAUCAGCAGCUACAGCUGCUCGUUCUUGGAAACCUGCCUAUACUUUACCAGUUUAA